GGAUCAGUCGGGCCGUGAUGGCGGACCUCCCAGACAUGUCGCACCUAACUCCAGAAGAAAGGCGCAUCAUCGAGAGCGUCAUGAUGCGCCAAAAACAAGAGGAAGAACGGGAAAACGAGAUUAUGAGGCGAAAACAAGACGAAGUUCAGGUAUUGGAAGAAACGAUUCGGGCGCGGUCAGAGCAGCACAAAAAGGCAGGGGUGGAGCUUGAUGCCACCUGCCACAUCUGUCUCAAGACUAAGUUCGCCGACGGUGUUGGCCACAUCUGCAAUUACUGCAACAUCCGGUGCUGCGCGAGAUGCGGUGGAAAAGUUACUCUUCGUUCGACAAAGGUGAUAUGGGUCUGCAUACUGUGCCGGAAAAAGCAGGAACUGUUAUCGAAGACAGGGCAAUGGAUGACCAAGUCUGGAUUGGGCGCAGCGGACACCGCGAUGCUCAGACGAAUGCAAGAGGAUAUGCAGGGUGUUGGACUAACCAGUCACGUCGAACAAACGCAGGAUAAAAGACCGAAACUUGAGAAGGCACACAGUGCUGCCGAGAAGGAGAACUUGCCUUUACUACAGCGGAGCGGAAGUCUUCUACGAAGGCAGUACUCUCAACAGGAUCAGGUGCCUGGUCGCCGUAUGUCAACGAGUGACAGCGGUGUCGAGAUGUCGGUGUCCCCGCACGCCAGGUCGUUACCGACCCCUCACGUGGUUGUGGGCUCCUACGGGAUGCAGCAGACGCCUCGGCAUCCGGCUGCCUUCCCCGAAGACGAUCCGAGCCUCUACAGAGGCGAGCUUGACGGUCUGAUGAGACAGCAGGCCCAGACGUAUCAGAAGCAGAGGCAGAUUUACCAGGAGCAAAACUCCGACCUGGUCAUGAUCUACGGUCAUCCUCAGGCGGUCGAGCCUUCGCGGGUGGUCCAACAACAUGCCCAGCAUCCCCAGCAUCACAUGCCUCAGCACCAUAUCCCCGGACCUCAUCCCGGCGGGCAGGGCCCCACUUCUGGUGUUCAACCCGGUGUUCAGCCGCAGAGGAGCUUCAGCAGCAGCGAAGAGGAGCUUCGAAGCACACCCGAGUGUGCCAGUGACGAACCUGACGAGUCCGAGAAGGGGAAGGGGUACAGCUACGAGACGGGAGGGCCGACCUCGCUGUCCAGCGGAGUCCGAAGGUUUGGGCCUCACAACGGUCACACACGGACCACGUCUACGGUCAUAGGUCACAACGGCCACCAUCCCCCACGGGAACCACGAAAAGAGGAGAGCACCCUUGUCAGAAGGAGCUUCAGGAGGAGCGGGGACGAAUGGAGCGCGGAUAGUCGAAGGUUUACGGAAAGAAGGGGGAAAAAGACGGUGCGAUUCGACGGCGGUACAAACGUCGUCGGUCACGAGGAGGACUGGUCCUGGGAGGCUGACCGUCAGGGAAGCCAGGACAGCGCUACCAAGGACUCGGGUAUCGAUACCUCGAGCACCUUCACCAGCAGCGAAGAUAGCAACCGAGGAGAUCUGCCCAAGCACCCGCUGUUAUGGCAGGUAAGCAGCGACGGUCAGAAAAUGAUUGGUCACAUGAUCCUGAGGAAGUCGCAGGGCGCCGGUUCCGGCAGUAGCAGCAGUAUCCUGGGGUUGAAGGUGGUGGGCGGAAAGCUCCUCGAGAACGGUUCGAGGGGUGCGCUAAUCGAGAAGGUCAAGAAGGGGAGCACCGCGGACCUCGAGGGUCAGCUCAGACCGGGGGACGAGGUUAUCGAGUGGAACGGAAGGUCUCUGCAGGCAAAAAGCUAUCAGGAAGUCUACAACAUCAUAGCCGAGUCCAGGCAAGAACCGCAGGUCGAACUGAUUGUCUCAAGAAGUCUCGGUACGGCUCCGACGAAUUUGCCCGGCCCAACUUCAGCAUCAGUUCCCGCCAAAACAACGACGAGACGCGGAGCCACGCAGGCGCAGUGGAGACAGAAACACGAUCUGGUGGGAACCGGAAGCCAGGCUCAUCACAAAGAACUGUACGAUACCCGAGGAGAAAAACCAUCGGUGCUUGUAACGUCGCCUGGUUCUCCCGAUCUCCAUGCUCAGGGUAGAAACAGACACGCGAGACACUCUGGCGGAAACGCGAAUGUCGGUGGAAGACUCCAAGUGAAGCUUGGAUUCGACACAACCGGGCUUCAGCUCAUCGUGACUUUGGUAUGUGCCGCUGGAUUGACACCCAGAGGUAACGGCCAGCCAAGGAAUCCCUACGCCAAGAUAUUCCUUCUGCCUGACAAAAGUGAGAAGUCCAAACGAAGAACGAAGACUCUGGCCAACACUAACGACCCCAAGUGGAAUCAGACCUUCGUUUACAGCGGGGUUAGGAGGUCCGAGCUUCGGCAGAGGGCGCUUGAAGUUACCGUUUGGGAUUAUGUCAGAUACGGAGCGAACGACUUCCUAGGUGAGGCUGUCUUGGAGUUGGAAGUCUCUGCGUUGGAUCAAGAGCCGGAAUGGCACUACCUGGUUGCUCACGAGGAGCACAGGCACACAGGACAUUACCAAGACACAGCCGACGAGAUGGUGACGACGCCUGUUGACUGCCAUCUAAGUCCGCCGUCAACGACGUCGAGAUUAAGUGACUCCGAUACAUCGGAGUGUGACAUCACAGACUACGACGUAUCCAGGGAGCAGAGGAGAGGGGUAGACGGUGCGAGCAUAAGCAGCAUCGGCAGUUCAUCGAGGUUUCAUAAUAUGUCGUCAGUUUAUAAGCGCCACUAUUCCAGCCCACCACCCGAGAGGGAACUCAGCGUCGAAGGAGAACACAGAAGCCGGAGAGACAUGUCGCCUCAGGGUCAUAAACGAGCUGCCCUCAUGCUGUCCAGGGAUCAACAGCCCGCCUCCAUUUCCGACUAUCACCACUACCGCAAGGACGACACGACGCACAGGGGUGCGAUGGGCCAUCGAUCGCACAGCGCAGCGCCCAUGGACUCGCCUAGUGUUCACUACCGAGGUCGGUCGCAAAGUCCAACAGGACAUCAUAGGUCAUUAUCUCCCCCCGAGCAUCGAACGAUGCCCUACUCGCACGGCUACGGGUCCAGGUUCGGCUCAAGGUCAGCAACGGCGACACCAACUGGUUCGCCGAAAAAGAGACAACUGCCCCAAAUACCGGCGAAUCUGCACGCUGCGCUCAAAGAGAGAGUCACUCAGGACUUGGAGGAGAGAACGAAGUUCAUAAAGCACAGGACAAGACAAGUCCACACGACCUACAGGAGCACGGGAAUGGGAGGAUGGGAACGACACUACAGCGGACUGUCGGAUUCGGACUUACCGUCAAUGCGACAAGACCCGUUGACAAUGAGUAACGUCCAUCCUCACAGAAUUCAUCAUCGUCCUCGGCGUCACCUUAGUCCAGACAAAGACGUCUUGGGCGACUUCGGCGACUCUGAUAUGGAGAGCAUAGGUUCGGUGACGAGCAGCGCUCUCAGCACCCAGUCCGAGAGGCCACGAGGGUCGAGAGGACGAAUCCCAACAGUUAAAAACGUUUUUAUACCCGGUGUCAUAUCUCCCGCCGCCCCGUUGCCCCCUAGGCGCACUAGGCGCAGGCACAGACUUAGGGUACCCUGUAGCGAAUGCCACUGCCCCCUGUCAAAUAACCCUCCGAAAUCUAGACCGAUUUCAAAACUCUCCCAGCUCCCGACGAGCCACCCCCCAAUUCAUUUUCCCCCACACCCCUUAGUUCGGAGCAAAUCCGCAGUAGUACGCUCGCUAUACAAGAAGAUGAAGACGCCAUUCACACGUUCACGAACUGUGGACGAGAAUCUGUUACGAUACUACAGUCCAGAAACGAGCGAGUACAGCAUAACUCCGGGCUAUAUGCUGCGACCUGAGAACCUGGGUGUGAACUCACGGCGACGAAUACCGGAAAUAUAUGUCGAGGACUGCCUCAGGGUCGACUUUAGAAACGACCUUGUCAGCAGGUUUCGUGCGAAACUGGCUGGUCAAGUACCGUCGACCUUCUUGUCGCGAUUUCCACCGAUAAACAGAAGCUUUCCCACGAGCUACAACGUCCGCGGAUUUGGUGGAAGACCUUCGAUUCCAAGGACGAAAAGCUGUGAAUACGAGACCAUUCCUGAUGACCUCCUGACUGGGGCCAGGAAGUUCCUGCCUCAGAGGGCGAAGAGCUUCGAGUACGAGUCUCUGCCGCAGAGCAUAUUCAGCGAUGACAGUCUGCGUACGGCUCGCAGGAAGUUGAAGAGGAAUCUGUCUCUGAAUGACUCAGGCUACGACGAGACCAUUGAGGCCCUCCAGGACCAGAGCAAGCCCUAUUACGAUCCAACAACCGAGAAUAAGUCGCACCAGACAUUGCCGUAUUAUGGAUACGAUAGUGAGCUGAGCGGCGCCGAAACAGAGAUAAAUCUGUCCUCGAGCUUCGAGAGACAAACCCUGGGGUCAAUGGUCUUCGACAAUGAUUCCGGGCGGAGUGAUGACGCCGGGAAGAGGAAAUACCGGGACUCGGACUACUCCGAGGCAUAUUUCGGGCUCGGACUCCAGAGGACUCUAGAAAAGCGGCCAAAGGGCUCGGACUCGAGGCUGUCCAAAGACUCUUCGUCCAGGGAACACAUCUACUGCAGCAUCGAUGACGAGCUCGGUUCGAACGAGAUACUUGAAGAGCGGCGGCGACCGCGUACCAAGAGCAACGAUUCCUACCUCGACUUCGAACGGUACGAGCGAUGUCGCAUAUGCGAAAAGAGGGAGCGUUGGGACGAAGAGCCGUUUGACUUCGGCUCUCCCGAGUCCGAGGUCCAGGGCAGUGAAGAAUUGACUGAGCUUAUUGGAAUCGAGGAUGUCGACACUGUCAGACCGCCUCAGUGCCGCUUUGAGAACUACGAGGAGGACCGAGGACUGACUGGUUUCGGGGCGAAGACUAUCUACGAAACCAGGAGGCAGAGCCUCUCGGUGCCCAGUUUUCGCGAGAGCAAAAGACUCACCGCAAAAGCCGAGUCUUCACCUCAGCUCUGCUCCGACGAUGAUUUCGGGUCCUCGGAAACGGUUGUGCACCUUUCUCCGCGAAGGAAGUUGAACCAUGCUCGGGGCUCCAGGUCUGCCCCGGAGUUUUUUAACUCUGACGAGGACGAUUUUGGGUCCAGGGACACUGUGGUCGCUUACAACUCGCGUCGGCGGAACAGCAGUUGCCCGGAAACUAGGGACCUUGGCGAAAGGAGUGUGAAGCGAAACGUCGCGAUAAGCGACACCCUCGAGUACUACGAAUACUCAAUGGAGAGCGAGAGCCAGUGCAGCGAGAACUGCGGAUUUGAUCCCGGCAACCCUCGUAGAGCGUCCCCGCGUGCAUCCGGCACUUCCGGCCCCCCAGCCUCCGACCCAACCCCCCCCAGUAUUGCUAAUUCAAUUGUCUUUGAUUCCCUUUCCGCCAACUCCGACACUGCUAAAAACGCUCGGGCCGCCAACGACGCGAAUCCGACCGAAACUCGAUCCGCGUCCCACCGCGCUGACACCAAUUCUGACGCUGAACGGAACGAACCCCAUCGAUGGUCAUCUUCCGGACCUGAGAGCAGAGACUACGUACCGUCCAAUCCCUACGAGGCCUCGUCCAGGCACGGGAUCACUGGUAACGGGCAUUCCAGCAAACGGGGACAGUUCACGAGGAGCCUUAGCAACGCUGAUGUACCACCGGACGAGAAAGUUGUUAAUUUUCUGUCACCAGACGGGAGCCUGAGCGAUACGGCGGUGAGUUUGCACGUCGAAGACACUUCGAGAAGGGGUAGAAAAAGUUCACCAGGUAGUAAGAGCGGCAGCGGAAGUAGCAGCGGCGGCGGAAGUGCAGUUCAGUACCAGUCCUCGGGUCUGGGAAAGAAGAGCAACAGUACGAGCCAGCUUUCAGCGACAGAGAGCGGCGGCGGCUGCAUCAGUUCUCAUGGCGGGGGAUUAAGUCGCAAACGAAACAGUACGCCGAGCAGCAUUCAACGCUCCCAGGAAGUAGUCCCCACCUACCAGAGAUUAGGCUCGUCGAGGCCUCAGGGGGCCUCAUCUGUUACCAGCGACAUCGCAGGCAGCCUCAACUCUAUCUCUAGUUCCGAAGGAAGCUCCUGGUCGCCUGGCCUCAGAAUGGCAAGUGAAGGAGGUCAGCUGAGUGACUUUAUCGGGGGUCUUGGUCCCGGACAACUAGUCGGACGGCAAGUUCUCGGCGCGCCAUCUCUCGGCGAAAUCCAGCUUUCCAUGUGCUACACGAAGGGCUACCUGGAAGUCGAAGUCAUUCGGGCUAGGUACCUCCAAGGUCGGCAGGGUAACAAGGUCAUACCAGCGCCCUACGUUAAGGUGUACCUAGUCAGCGGGAAGAAGUGCAUCGCUAAAAUGAAGACUGCGACGGCGAGGAAAACUCUGGAACCCCUUUAUCAGCAACAGCUUGCCUUCAGAGAGAAUUUCCAAGGCUGUAUACUCCAGGUGACCGUCUGGGGCGACUACGGCCGGAUAGAGGGUAAAAAAGUGUUCAUGGGUGUGGCGCAGAUAAUGUUGGAUGAUCUGGACCUCUCUAACAUUGUGAUCGGGUGGUACAAACUAUUCGGAACUACGUCCCUGUGAGAUCGGAACCGAUUGAAAACAAAAAACUAUUAAAAAACGAAAUAGAAGUAAAGACAAGAAAAUCCACCGCCACAGGUGACACUCCAGACACGUGGCACUGGUGUACAUAAAUAUUAUAUAUAACAAUUUGUAUAUACAAUAACAAUAAGCACGUGGAGCGUGUGAAUUAUACAUUAUGUAUUAUAUACAUAUACAUAUAUAUACACAUACAAGAUCAAAACUAUAAUAAUAUGACGUAUCCUGACAACAAACAAACAAUCGAUAAAAGAAAGUUCAAACAUUCAAAAAUUAAAAAUCUAUCGGAAAAUAAUGCAAGAUCAAAAAAAAAUACGUAGAUUGUACAACAAUUGCAGUUAUACCGAAUAUGACAAA